UAAAAAUAAAAAUAGACAUAUUAUUUUUAAAUUGUGAAGUUUUUAAAGUUGUGUUUUCAAUUCUGCAAAUUAAACUUGCAAUUGCAUUAAAAUGUUUACGUUCAAAAGAUUUGCAGUUUUAUUGGCGACAGUGCUACUAUUAAUAAACUUACAACAUAUACAUGCGAAACCAUACAGAGUGAAGCGGGUCUCGGAUCAAACAUUAGCUGAAUUGGAAACAUUAUUUGGACUUGAUUCAUUAAAAGGUCGUGUUGUAAAUCUGCCAGUUUCAUUUGGACGGAUAGAUCCACAUAAAAUUGGCCGUAAACGUGAUCUACCGUUUGGUGUAAUUCAACAACAAUUUGAUAAUAAAAAUUUUGGUGAUUUUAACAAAAAUGAUGAAGACUUCAUGAAUCCAUUGACCUCAGAUAUUUAUGUAGAUCAAUGA